AAGGGUUACAAGGAGGUAUUUUUGUUUCUUUCUCACUUUGGGUUUGCUUGCUUUUUCCCUCUCUAUCUCUCACUCUUUUUCUUCCUCCUUCCAGCAAUCUUUGCACUUUUAUGCUUACUUGGAUUCCUUAUGUUUAGGCUGUAGCACAUUACUAAACUCAAAGCUCUUCAUAGUUUCUUCAGUGCAGGAGAAAAAACAGAGGCCUUUUAUGCUAGAGACUAGAGUGUUUAUCAUUCUCAUACUAGUAGUUUAUCCUAUUAAGAGUGUUAGCUCUACAAUUUUACUGUUCUACAUACAUUUGGGUUGGUUUUAGUAGAGCUGGUUUUGUGGGGGGUGGCAAGAGGUGUUUUUGCGGAUUGAGAUUUCUGGGUUUUAGUGAAUAUUUAUAAUUUUUUGUGGGGUGUUGGAAGUUUUGGGAUUUGGGUUUUGUGUAGAGAUUUGGUGUAAGAGAGAGAGAGAGUUAAGGAAGAAGUGGAGCCAUGGCAGGAGGAGGAGGAGGAGGAGGAGGAGGAGGAGGACUUGCACCACCGCCCAAACAGGAUGAGUUGCAGCCACAUCCAGUUAAAGAUCAGCUGCCCAACGUUUCUUACUGUAUCACCAGUCCCCCACCUUGGCCUGAGGCAAUACUUCUUGGGUUCCAGCACUAUCUUGUGAUGCUUGGCACAACAGUUCUGAUUCCCUCUACUUUGGUUCCGCAGAUGGGAGGAGGAAAUGAAGAGAAAGCAAAGAUGAUUCAGACACUACUCUUUGUGGCUGGGUUGAAUACAUUGACUCAGUCAUUUUUGGGGACCCGAUUACCUGCUAUCAUUGGAGGUUCUUAUACUUUUGUGCCUACAACCCUCUCAAUUGUCUUGGCUGGUCGAUAUAGUGGCAUUCUGAAUCCUCAGGAGAAAUUUGAGAAGAUAAUGCGAGGAAUCCAGGGAGCCCUUAUUGUUGCUUCAACUCUUCAGAUUGUCCUUGGCUUUAGUGGCCUUUGGCGCAAUGUCACAAGGUUAUUGAGUCCACUAUCUGCAGUUCCUUUGGUAGCUCUAACAGGAUUUGGGCUCUAUGAGUUUGGUUUUCCUCUGCUUUCAAAAUGCAUGGAGGUUGGACUUCCGGAGCUCAUACUCCUAGUAAUCUUUUCACAGUUCAUACCCCAUCUUUUUAGCAAGGAAGGUCAUGUCUUUGACCGCUUCGCUGUUUUAUUCUCGGUCGUGAUUGUGUGGAUUUAUGCUCAUCUACUCACGGUUGGUGGCGCAUAUAAGAACACAUCAGCAAAGACUCAAAUAAGCUGCCGAACAGAUCGUGCUGGAAUUAUAGGUGCUUCUCCCUGGAUAAGAGUCCCAUAUCCAUUUCAGUGGGGAGCUCCAACAUUUGAUGCUGGAGAAUCUUUUGCUAUGAUGGCCACUUCCUUUGUUGCUCUUGUUGAGUCCACUGGUGCUUUCAUUGCUGUGUCGAGAUAUGCGAGUGCAACUCCUCCGCCACCUUCUAUUCUUAGCCGUGGUGUUGGUUGGCAGGGGGUGGGCAUAUUGUUCUCUGGAAUAUUUGGUACCGGGAAUGGAUCAUCAGUAUCUGUUGAAAAUGCUGGUUUGCUGGCAUUAACACGCGUUGGCAGCCGAAGGGUUGUGCAGAUAUCUGCUGGUUUUAUGAUAUUCUUCUCCAUACUUGGAAAAUUUGGAGCUGUCUUUGCUUCAAUUCCAGCACCAAUUGUUGCUGCUAUGUAUUGUCUUUUCUUCGCAUACGUGGGUUCAGCAGGUCUCAGUUUCCUCCAGUUUUGCAAUCUGAACAGCUUUAGGACAAAGUUUAUUGUAGCAUUCUCGGUUUUUAUGGGCUUGUCAAUACCACAGUACUUCAAUGAGUACACUGCAGUGAAUGGUUUUAGUCCUGUCCACACUGGAGCAAGAUGGUUCAAUGAUAUGAUCAACGUGCCAUUCUCAUCGGCACCAUUUGUUGCUGGCAUGUUGGCACUCUUCCUAGACGUUACACUGCGUCGGAAAGACAGCGCAACUAGGAAGGACAGGGGAAUGCAAUGGUGGGACAAGUUCAGAUCAUUCAAGACGGAUACAAGGAGCGAAGAGUUCUAUUCCUUGCCAUUCCAUCUCAACAAGUUUUUCCCAUCUGUGUGAUUUAGGGAAUGGAGUUCAAAGCAAUGUGAUCAGAUAUCGAUAUGCUCCGACCAUAGCUCAUUAUGGGUAAUACAAUUCAAUCAUCUGUAUCCAGUUUCUUUUGUUUAAUGUGUUGUUCAAACAUCGUAUAACUAAGCUAUAUACAUGAAUCUUUUUCUUUAUACAGAAGUCUGGG